UACACAGCCAUCCAUCCGAAGUAAACAAGGCCGGCCCAUCCUUCUCACUCUUGUUUCUUAGCACUUCAUUUAAUACUAGUGCAGGCACAGCGAGGAGAGAGAGAGAGAGAGAGAGAGGAGAGGCAGAGCAGAGGGAGAGAGACAUGGCGGCCUCGGCGUCCCUGAAGAGCAGCCUCCUCCUACCGUCUCCUAUCUCCGACUUCAGCGGCGCAGCCGUCUCCGUCUCAGCGCAGAAGAGGAGGAGGUCAUGGCAGCCGAGGGGGGCGAGGGUGCAGGUCUCGGCGGCUGCGGACUCCAAGAACAUUCUUGUCAUGGGUGGAACCAGGUUCAUUGGUGUUUUCCUGUCCAGACUCCUUGUCAAGGAGGGCCAUCAGGUUACAUUGUUCACUAGGGGAAAGGCGCCCAUCACCCAGCAGCUGCCAGGAGAAUCCGAUGCAGAGUACGAAGGCUUCUCCUCCAAGAUCCAGCACUUGAAAGGUGACAGGAUGGACUUCGAAUUCGUCAAGACAAGCCUUGCUGCUAAGGGCUACGAUGUCGUCUACGACAUCAACGGACGCGAGGCUGUGGAGGUUGAGCCUAUAAUCGACGCCUUGCCCAACCUGGAACAGUACAUCUACUGCUCAUCAGCCGGAGUGUACCUGAAAUCAGACCUUCUCCCACACUGCGAGGCCGACGCCGUGGACCCCAAGAGCCGGCACAAGGGGAAGCUGGAGACGGAGAGCCUGCUCACCGCCCGCGGCGUGAACUGGACGUCCAUCCGGCCGGUGUACAUCUACGGCCCGCUCAACUACAACCCCGUCGAGGAGUGGUUCUUCCACCGCCUCAAGGCCGGCCGGCCCAUCCCCAUCCCCGGUGCCGGCAACCAGAUCACCCAGCUCGGCCAUGUCAAGGACCUUGCAACGGCAUUCAACCUGGUGCUCGGCAACCCGAAGGCGAGCCAGCAGAUCUUCAACAUCUCCGGGGCCAAGUACGUCACCUUCGACGGCCUCGCACGGGCAUGCGCGAAGGCUGGAGGGUUCCCUGAGCCGGAGCUCGUGCACUACAACCCCAAGGACUUCGACUUCGGCAAGAAGAAGGCCUUCCCGUUCAGGGACCAGCACUUCUUCGCGUCGAUCGAGAAGGCGACCAGGGAGCUCGGGUGGACGCCGGAGUUCGACCUCGUCGAGGGGCUCACCGACUCGUACAACCUCGACUUCGGCCGCGGCACGUUCAGGAAGGCGGCCGACUUCACCACAGACGACAUGAUCCUCGGCAAGAAGCUUGCGACCGUCUGAGCCUGCCUUGAUCUUUGGGAAACGAUGGCUCCACGUGACACGGCAAAAGGGCCGGUGCAGCUGCUGGGGACCAAAAUGCUGGUUGUAGAUGUGGGGAAUACAUGGGAAAUUAUCUCAAUUUUUGUUUGGACUAGGUUUAUAUCCGUGCGUUGCCACGGGCGUCGAGAAAUUUUCCACACAAUAAGUGGAGCAUGAAACUACAUGGUAUUUUAGGAUAGAUCAUAAUACACAACAAAAUAUACCUAAUCUUAGCAACA